CGAAGCUCUGUAUAGCUUUGACCCAACCGCAACAACUUCAGUGAUCUCUACAGGUUAUUCAUAGUUAGAAGCGCAGCGACUGUGCACGCACACGCGGCCACAGCAAAGAGUACAAUAGAAAACGACGAAGUAAAAUAUGUUGAACCUACAGCAAGUAUUGCUCCUGAGUGUGGUAUGCCUGGCAUAUGCUGAGGAUUCGGAUAUUACCAAAUUCAUGAAACACCUGGAAGUAAUACCAGACCUCAUUGGAGAAGGACCAAAGGACUUUUUAAAAGUGAGCUUCGACAGUGGCGUCUUCGCCGACAAAGGUGUGGAAUUGACGCCCACACAAGUGAAAAAUCAACCCAAAGUCGAAUGGAAACCAGUAUCGGCUGAUACUUAUUACACACUCAUUAUGACCGAUCCGGAUGCGCCUAGUCGUGCCAAGCCUGAGCUGCGUGAGUGGCAUCACUGGUUGGUGGGCAACAUACCCGGCAAUGAGCUGGGAAAAGGUGAAGUCUUAACCGAAUAUGUUGGCUCUGGCGCACCAAAGGACACCGGACUGCACCGUUACGUUUUCUUGCUCUACAAACAACCAAAGAAAUUAGAAUUCAACGAAGCACGUCUAACAAAUAAGAGUGCCAAUGGUCGCGAGAAAUUUUCUACUAAAAAAUUUGCUGAGAAAUAUGGAUUAGGCGUACCAGUUGCGGGCAAUUUCUUCCAGGCCCAAUACGAUGACUAUGUACCUGAAUUGUAUAAGCAAUUAGGAUUUUAAUCAAAUGCAGACCGCAUAUUUUGUGAUACAGUUAAUAAGCACGAAUUCUUAUACAUAUGAAGGUACAUAUUGAUCGUAGAAAAAACUUGUUUCCAAAAAAAAAAACAUAGAUUUUAAAAACUUCAUAAAAUGAAAUUUUCAUACAUGUUUUAGAUUUAUAAAGCACUUUAACUGUAUUUAAUUUUAUUUUAUGAAAUUUUUAUGAAUUGUUAGUUUCCUGUUUUUCGUUUUUUUUUUGUUUGUUGUAUGAAACAAAUCAAGAUGUUAUGCAACUUUUAAUGUUCACAAUCUCGUUUACAACCAGACAUACAUACACAGAUAUUUAUAAACAAUUGUGCACGUUUGCAUAUAUACUAUAUAUGUAUGUAUGUAUUUAAACGCACAACCUGUACCAAAGUAGUGCAUAAAUUAAAAUUUGAAUAUUUAUGAAAGUUAGUGUCGAUGAAAGUGAAAAUAUAGAUUCGCGUCAGCUGUGACCGGUUAGUUGGUUGCUGUCUGCACGCUGGCGAACGCGUAGUUAGUUGGCAAGGUCAACCAGACGGCCUGCUUAAUUAAGAGGCAGCCAUUAAUGAACGAACAAGAGAAUUGAUUUAAAUUAUUACUAUUAGACACUGUUUGAAUGCACUAACAAAUAUUAUAAUAUUAUUUGCAAAACAUACACAUGUACUUACAUAUAUUUAUUUAUGUAUAUUUAUAAAUUCACUGACAAUUUGCAAAAUAUAAUACAUACAUUCUACUAUUGCAUGAGCAUUAAC